CCACACUGGUCGCUAAAUAAUUCACACCCUAAUGGGUCCCCAUGGGGCAGAUGCGCUUUUGUUUGUUGGUAGUGAUUUUGGGGUGACGUAUAAAUACAUUGUCCGGGACAAUGUCGCUGGGUCAAUCGGUUGGGUCAAUCGUUCCUGCUCGUCAGUUUGUUCGGCAGGUCGCAAUGUACCGGCAGGUGAGCGUUUGGACGCUACUGCUGACCGUGGUGCUGCGCCAGACCGCCGGGGACAUACCGGUGGACGAAGCGGAACACGAGCAGCUGCUCACGGUCGUGCCCUGCAUCAGGCGGCUGUGCGAGAAGUACUUUCGGUCGGAACGCGCCAUGAAGGGUUCGCUGGCCAUCAUCAACAUCAAGCCGGACGCGUCCACUUUCCAGCAGCACAUAUUGCGCUCGUUCAACGAGGACCCCCGGCACGAGAUGGGCGUGAUGGUGAAGGACGCUUCCCGGCCGCACCUGAACGCAUCGCACGUGACGGAGAAGGCCAAGAACUACCUGAUGCUGAUUGCCGACUCGUCGGCGCUGGCCGCCCCGAUCCGGCAGCUGCGCCGGCUGCCCACCUGGAACCCGCUGGCCCAGGUGGUGGUGGUGUUCACGGCCGAGCUGACGCCGCUCGUCUUCGAGAUCGAGGUGCGGAACGUGCUCCAGGAGCUGUUCGACCAUUCCGUGCUGAACGUGAACGUGAUGGUGCAGCGGUACAACACGUCCGUGCUAGAGGUGUGGACCUGGUUCCCGUACGAGAGUGGCAGCUGUGCUGACAACAUCGAGCGGUUGCGGCUGGUCGACGAGUGUGAGUAUGCGUUCCAGGAGCCGGACCCGGAGCGCAACGUGCGCGCCGCCUGGGUGUACCGCGAGCGGCACUACUUUUCCGACUAUGGGCCGAAGAUCCCGAAGUACUACCACUACUGCCCGCUCAAGGUGUCGACCAGCAUUUGGGAGCCGUUCGUCGUGGGCAACGCGAGCCACAUCGAGAAGGGGCUAGAGGUGCUAAUGCUGGACGUGAUCACGGCCCGGAUGCGCCUGGUACCGGUGUUUAGCGUGAUCGACGGCAGCCUCACGACGGCACGCAUCACGGCGGACAACCAGACGGGGCUGUACGCGGACGUGUUGCAGCGACGAACCGACCUAAUGAUUGGCGGGCUGCACGAAAACCCGAUCAGUCGGAAGCUGCUGUCGGCCACGAUACCGUACUUUCAGGACGAUCUUACCUGGUGCGUGCCGACCGCCCGACACGCACCCAAGUGGCUGAACGUGUUCAUCAUCUUCAACGUGUGGACGUGGCUGAUCGCGAUCGGGAUCAUCUUCGCGGCGGCCGGGCUGCUGUUCCGGUUCAACUACGUCGAGGGGUUGUACCGGGUGAACUACACCUGGAUGCUGCUCCAGUCGCUGGCGUUCUCGCUGAGCGUGUACGCGCACUACUGGCCGCGGCGCGUCUCCAUCCGGCUGUUCCUGAUCGGGUACAUGUUUUACGGACUGCACUGGAACGCGGCCUACCACAGCUUCCUGAUCUCGGUACUGACGCGCCCCCGGUACGAGCCGCAGAUUGCCACCGUCCAGCAGGCGAUCGAGGCCGGGUUUGGGUUUGCGGGUGCGGAAAACACGCUCGGCCACUUUGACAAACCGGACGGCGUGUCGCGCCACAUUGCCGCGCACUACGCGGUGUGCAGGAAUUUGGACGAGUGUCUGGGGCGGCUGCGCCGGGAGCGCACGGUUGCGAUCGCUAUGAGCCGGGCCCAUUCGAGCAACAGCCGGGCGAUCGGGGAGGCCGAGCUGUACUGCUUCUCGAAGGCGGAAAACAUCUACACCUACUCGGUGAGUAUGCUGGCGAAGAAGGACUUUCAUCUGCUGCCGAAGAUCAACGAGCUAAUACGGCGGAUCAGCGAGAGCGGGCUGCUGGGCAAGUGGCAGAAGGAGAGCGAAAAGAUCCGCAUCGAUCACGAUGAGGACGAGGGGGCGGGAGGCGAUGAAGGAGGGGGCAGCGGAGGGGAUGGUGAGAAAAGUGGAGAAGGACAGACGAUUCUGCGGCUGGAUCACAUCGAGGGCGCCUUUCUGCUCGGUGCCGCCGGACUGCUGCUCGCGCUGGCUGCGUUCAUCGGCGAGCUGCUGUACUACCGGGCGAAGCGGCGCUAUCGAUGGCGAGACAAUCUGGCCGAUCGGUAUCUUUUGUAGGGAGCGCGGAGGGUGGGGAUACAUGGAGGCUCAAAGCAGCAGGAACCGGCGUGUGCGCGGUCGGGCGCGUGCCAUGUGAAAGGAAGUUAGUGACCUUGUGCGGUGUGCGCUCUUGUAAGGAACUUGUAGUCAAGCCAUGGUGCGUUUGCCCGUCGAGAGGCUCGCGUGUGUGUUAGUGUUCUUUUUUUGCUGUUGUUGUUGUGUGUGUUACCAUUAUUCGGACGAAUGUUGUUCGGUGUGUGACGAGCAGCCAGGGGCGGAUGGGCGUGAGUACGAAUGAGUACACUUACAUUCCACCGGAAUGGGGGCGCACGCGCCCUGUCCGAAGGUCUUAAGACGGUUUCGAUUCGAUUGUCGGUCCGACAUUCGAGGCAUCAACUGCUAAACCUAUUUCCGACUGGCGUCUUACGGUGGCACGCAUUGUCAACGGGGUGGACCACUGGUGGUAGCAAUUAAGUGGCCCGGGCUGGGUUGAUUUCCGGCCCGGGUUGUGUCUCCCCCUCAAACGCGGAACGCACUCGAUUCCGCUCGAUAAGCACGCUGAGGAACAAAAUGAGUACUCAUGUUCGAGCUUGCUAGCGGCGAGUCAAUUCGAAACCGACCACCCGUCCCAUCCGUGUGGUCGGU